AGAGAGGCACACGUUUUCAUCCAAACCUCUGUUUUUCCACAGCCUAUCGCUUUGUGGCUCAGCUCAGUUCCCUAUUGUUUAAUCUCUUAGAACAGACAGGGGAAAAAACCCGCUCCGCUUGUUUAUAAACGGAUGCAGUGAGACAUUUUUUUAAAAAAAAUCUGAUGCUCGGUGUUCUUGGCUCUGAAUGCUGCAUCCUUUGUCAACUUCUCCGAUUUCUCCACUUCGACUUGAGCUGCAUCAUGAAUAGUUUGGGGACAUCUUUCCAUCGUAUACCUCUGGAAUGCUCGGGAUUACACGGCCGAAACCAGGAGAGCAUGUAAACGCAGAUGGAGUUUGGGAUUUAUUGCAAAAUAAGGGAAAGAUGACCGUCUUCUCGUUGUGCUUGCUCCUGUGCGCAGAUCUGCUGGAUUUAGCCGUCGGAUAUUUGACAGUUACCAUAGAGCCACUGCCUCCUGUUGUUGUCGGUGAGACUGUAACCCUCAAAUGUAACUUCAAAACCGAUGGAAGGCUGAGAGAGAUUGUUUGGUACAGGGUCACAGAUGGAGGUACAAUCAAGCAGAAAAUCUUCACCUAUGAUGCCAUGUUUAAUACAAAUUACUCUCAUAUGGAGGACUACCGCAGGCGUGAAGAUCUUGUGUAUCAAUCAACCGUCCGGCUCCCAGAGGUACGGAUCUCAGACAAUGGGCCUUAUGAAUGCCAUGUGGGCAUAUAUGACCGGGCAACGAGGGAGAAGGUUGUCCUGGCUUCAGGAAAUGUUUUUCUUACAGUUAUGUCUCCUCCAAACAACAUAUCAGUGCUGGCUGAGAACACUCCAGCCCCCUUCAGUCGAUACCAAGCUCAGAAUUUUACUCUUGUCUGCACAGCAAAAGGAGGAAAACCAGCCCCAUCGGUGUACUUUAAGCGUGAUGGUGAGCUGAUAGAGGUGAUUUCCUACACUGAGCCCUCCACCAGCGAGCGAGCAGCCGGCUCAGCAGGAUGGAGAGGAGCCAGGCCACUCAUCAGCAGGGACCUUGAUGAGACCAAACUGCAGCGUUCCCUCUCCCUUCUCGAUCCGGAAGGCCGGUCGGCCCGUCUGUACACAGAGAGCCCUCAGCGCGUCCACACUCAGGGCCAACAGGCCUAUGAACCCAGCCCUGCAACAGAGGUCAUUCCAGAGACAGUGGUGAGCCGAGAGUUCCCCCGCUGGGUGCACAGCACGGACCCUCUGUACUACUUUAGUCACACUCAGAUCCCUCAGAGCGACGGCUCUGUUGUGGUACAGGCUCGACUUACCUGGACCCUCAACCCUCAGCUGGAUAACGAUGCCCUAUUCAGCUGUGAAGUUAAGCACCCAGCAUUAUCCAUGCCCAUGCAGACAGAGGUCACUCUGGCUGCUCCUAAGGGUCCUAAACUCUUCAUGACCCCCACUAGGGCAAAGGUUGGGGAUACAGUGCGCAUCUCUGUACAAGGAUUCCAGAAUGAAGUAUUUCCUGAGCCACUCUUCACCUGGACACGGGUGGGAGGCCGCCUACUGGAUGGCAGUGCCGAGCGUGAGGGGAGAGAGCUGAUUCUGGAGAGAGUGCCGGCAGAGCUCAACGGCUCUAUGUAUCGCUGCACUGCCCAGAAUCCUUUGGGUUCUACAGACACACACACUCGUCUCAUAGUUUUUGAAAAUCCAAGCAUGAUGAAAAACACGCAGAAUCCGAACAAUGAAGCCACUCGCACAGAAAAGUGUGGACUGACGUGGGUUGCACUUGUUCUCACAGUUACAGUGGGACUGACGUGAAACGGCUUCUUCAAGAUGUUCUCCCUCACAGAUAUAGACACACAUUUUGGCCAUACAAAACACAACAUCUGAAUAUGCACACAGAAAAACAUACAUACAGUACAAAGACCUUCCACAAUCCUGCAAGCCUACUCCAGUCAUCAACAGACCCUCUGGUCAUCUGUCACACAAGAAACAGUGCCACCACGUGAUGGUACUUUGUUUUAUAACAAAAUUAUAUUCAAGAUAAUAUAAAAAGAAC